CUUCCAAUUCCUCACCCUUAUAAUCGAGAUUAGGAAUUAGUUCGUGUAGGUGAUGCUGAUAGAGGAAACAGGCUUCGAGAAGACGUAGAGAUGGGGAGUUUAAUUUGAAAAGUUAGGGUUUUGAAUUUUAUUGAAGUUUCAAUUUAGUGAUAAACAAGAAGAAAUUAGAGAUUGGGUUUGGUGAUUUGAGCAUUAUAAAUCGAUAUGUUGAGCUAAAAUUGGAGAAAGAAGUGAGAUCAGAGGAGGAAAUUUAGGGUUCUAAGAAUAGAUGAUGGUGAUUGAAAAUAAAAUUGAUAGUUAGGGUUUGAAGUGAUGAUUCAGAAGUUCAAUCGAGGCAAAACAGGAAAUCAAAAUCAACUGCUUCAAUCUAACAGUUUGGAUAAAGGUAUAAUUCUUUUAUCCCUAAUACAUAUAUGAAUUUGGUCUAAUUGCAGUCGAUUUUAAAUGGCUUCGUUGGGAUUGCAGAUUUCAAUUGAACUACUGUCUAGGUUUAUCUCCGGGUUCUCUAUAAUUCUUUCUUCUUUAUUGAACUUCUAAUCUUUGUAUCUGAACCAUGGCCUCAGUUUCCAUUCCAGGUUAGCUUUAUUGAUCAGUUUAUAUCAAACUAAUGAAUUGAAUAUUAGGUUGUCUUUGAUUGAUGUCAGAUUUGUCAGUGAGUCACUCAUGUGUGGACAAAUAUGAAUUUUUUGCUCUGUGUAUUCCAAAUAUGGACAAAUAUGGACAAAAGGGGGGAUGAAUGAGGAGACUGAUGGAAGAUCUAAUAAGACGUGAUGUUGAUCUAACUUUUCGUUUCCAACUUUUUAAUUAGGGCAAGGUGAAGGUUCUGUCAAGGAGACGAACCUCGUGAAUGAAACAGUCAGGUUUGCCAUGGAGUAUACUGAUGCAAGUCCUAUCGGUAAAAGAGUGUCGUGGCAAUUUUUUUCUUUAGAAGUAUUUAUGAUAUGGGUAGCUGCAUAAUCUUAUAAUACCUGGUUGGUGUAAGUUAAACUUCUUGUUUAUUUUUCUCAUUUGUUGUAGAUGAGUAUGGGUGAAAAAUCCAACAACGCAGCUGGGCUUCUACCAAAUCCCGUCGCUGAUCCUCAAACUGGAAUGCGGGGAUUAAUAAACUCCAUACUACUCAUUCAUGGGCGUUCCUCGAAGUCAAUGUUAUUCCACAGUAUAAUCAACUGGUAAGGAAUCCAAACCUGAAGUGAUCGUUGGCAUCCGAGAUUCUGGAAGAUAUGCAGCUGAAUUGCCAGUUCAUUCAUAGUGUAUUGAGUACUGAUAUGGAAGCGCUUCAAAAUUUAACUGCUGAAUGUGAUUUGGAUUCAAAACAGGGGUCUGAUUAUGGUGAGAAAGAAGUGGUGGAGGGGAAUGUGUUAAUGUUGGAGUGGUUGGAUGGCUGGUUCUUGUGUGUGUCUGUGUUGGCGGUGGUACUCUUGUACCUGGAGGUUAGCUGCUGGUUGUGUUGUCUUUAUGCGCAUCUCAACUUCAUGUCCAGGUUGAAUUUUGUUGGAGGUCCUAUGUGUUGGAAUACCCGUACAUUUUCUGCAUCAGCCGAUGGCGAGGCCUUCUGUAAUGGACAGACAAGCCAUGUUAGCGAAACUGAUCGGGUGGAUAGAUCUCUUCUAGUGACUGAAUUUGGAUAUGAACAUGAUGAUGCAUGGGCAACAAAUAUAUAUUUAAAUAAUUUACUGAUAUCAGCAGGGUCUUGCGUAUUGAAUGCCAAACGCCGGAAUUACAUGAACCGGUAACUUUGUCUAAGCUCAUCAUAUGGUAUUAUUGAGAAGUUAAGCUUGGUUUUAUUUGUUCGCAGCUCACAGUGUUGAUGGCUUUAGAUUAUUUACGGUUAAUUUUUGUACUUGGGUUUCUGUAAUGAAUACAUGGAUCAUAGUAUAAUGUGGAUGAUUUGUAGAUUGAGAAUCGGAGUGUAUAUGAAAAAGAAGAAAGUGCAGGUCUGUA